CGCAGGCCGGUGCUCAUGGCCGCAUCCCUGGCAGAGUCGUCCAGCAGGCGACGGGAGAAGCGGAGGCAGCUGGAUGCUCGCCGCAGCAAGUGCCGCAUACGUCUGGGCGGGCACAUGGAGCAGUGGUGCAUCCUCAAGGAGAGGCUGGGCUUCGCUCUGCACUCGCAGCUUGCAAAGUUCCUGCUGGACCGGUACACUUCUCCAGGCUGCGUGCUCUGUGCAGGUCCUGAGCCUUUGCCCCCCAAGGGUCUGCAGUAUCUGGUACUCCUGUCUCAUGCCCACAGCCGAGAGUGUAGCCUGGUGCCUGGGCUACGGGGGCCUGGGGGCCAAGAUGGGGGACUUGUGUGGGAGUGCUCUGCUGGCCACACCUUCUCCUGGGGCCCUUCUUCAGGCCCACACCUCCAGAGGAGCCCAGGCCAGUUCCCCUUCCAACAGCAGCCCUUCCCUCUUCAGAAAGUCCAGUUCAUGGCCUGCUGGGAGUUGUAA